AUGGAUUGUAUCCCCAAACAGAUCCCGAAAGUGGUUGGCUUUGGUCUGAGCGUUGCCUUUGAGUUGAUCCGAGAGUCGCGUUCAUGUCUGCCAUCGCUGUGUAUUCGCGCCCUUCAGGCCCUCCUGAAUGCACUUCAGGGACAACUGCCUGAAGGACUCAAAUACGAGCCCUCGGAUGUGAUAAACCCUUUGUUUGACUUAUUGUUGGAACUGUCGUCCACUGACACCCCAUAUCCUGUGAGCACCGGUACAAUAGCGUCGACCUCGACCUCCGUGUCCAACAGCCAGACCUUCGUUGAGCUCAAAUCGUACGCCUGUUCGGCAUUACUUAGUUUAGUGACCGCCAGGGGGGACACCGACAAGACAUUGACGGCCAUCACAGCCCUCCUGACGAGCCCUGAGCUCAGUGUCGACGACGAUGUGAUCGAAACGCCGAAUAUCUUGAUAUCACUGCAGAGAGCGGUUCACUGCGUGCUGUUGGGAAAGACCCGACGCCCGGAUUGGGUCACUCAUGGCUUUUGUGGCAACUCUUUGUGCGACACUUUCAACGUUAGGAUACCGUCGGACACGAGUCGACACUUCAAACAGUCUUCCCUCGCCUUUGACGGCAAAUAUCUAUACCUGUAUUCCGGGAAUCAAAUCCACAAAAUAGGUUCCGGUUAUUGCGGAACAGUUAAGGGACAGCUCGUGGACAGCAAUAGCAUCGGUGCGCAUAAGAGUGAGAGCGGACUCAUCGGUUGGAUUGGAUCUAUCGGUGACAGUCUAUACCUCCAGACAAACAACUGGACCCACAAUGAGUUGAUCCGUUUGGAUAGGAAUACGUUCCGAGAGAUGGGGAAAGUGAUGCUCGGAGUCACCCAAUUGGGUCCCAGCGCUUGUGCUUCAGAUAACGAGAGUCUGAUUCUCAUAUCCGCCACAAAAGACGACUGCUUUGUCAUCAGAACUCUGAGACCUCCGGCCGAAGACUCGGCGAUGAAUAUAAUGUCCGUCACUCAGGAGUUGACGAUAAAGUUGUCGCAUAAGUGCCUCAAUUACUGCGGAGGAAUGGGUUCCGCGAUCUUCGAGCAACAAAUGCCACCAAACGAUGAGCAGAUGAAACAGCCGUUCCUGAGACCCAUCGACACCAUCGAAGCCGACGAUAUCGUGCAGAUCUGUUGCGGCAAAGACUUUGCUCUCAUCCGCACCUUUUCGGGCAAAGUCUUCUACACCGGAAGGGCUCAGAGUUUGGGUAUAAAGCAAAGUGGCGUCACUUGUGGCAAGUGGUGUGAACUGCCGGUCACGAAGUGCCCAAAGAUAGAGCACAUGAGUGUCGGACACGAGGGCUCUCACGCUCUGCUCGUGUCAGAAGACGGGUCCGUAUUCUUCGUCGGACUCGCGAAGAGAGGAGAAGACGGCGAACAGACGAAGAGUCGGCGCCAACCGAAGGCCGCGAAGGCCAAGAAAAUGAUGAAAAUGGAGGGAAAGGGCGUUGAGAUGAGUGCCUGUAAUCACGGGUCGAGUGCUUUGGUCACCAAAAGCGGUGAACUCUAUCUGUUCGGCAAAGACGCCCAUUAUGUCGACCGCAGCACCGGAUUAGUGACAUCUCUGAGACAUGUGGUCAUCGCUCAGGUGGCCAUUGGAAAGGCACACAUACUGGCGCUCUCUAACAAGGGAACGGUGUAUACGUUCGGGAUCUCCAAUAAGGGUCAGUGCGGUCUCGAUCUCAUGCAGACGUCCGUCAAUAAGGACGCGAUUAAUGAGGAAACGGAUGACAGGAAUGGCGACCAACAGAUCGAUGUGACGGAAGACAUAACGGAGCCGUUGUGUGGGUUCGGACAGCACCGAUGGAAAUAUGAUCAGUGCAUGAUUUGCACCAUUUGUGGCGAAUGCACGGGAUAUGGCACGGGAUGUAUAGCCAGCGGGAAGUGUGAACGCAAUCCCGGUCUGUCGUGCGGUUGCGGUGCGGGAGACGCCGGUUGUACUGACUGUGGCUGUUGUCGGGGCUGUGAGUCUGUGCCCAAAGAAGAGUCAUUGGCGGCCAAUGAGAACAAUGAGUCCAAUGAGUGCCCACUCCUACCACUCAAUCAGAUGGCACUGAAUGCCCACUCAAUGGCACAACAACUCAAUUAUGGCGAUCCCCUCAGCGAUGAGAUGCAGAGGUUUGCGGCCGCCUUCGCAAUGGUCGACCCGUCGGGCGCUAAUCAGGCGAACGCCGGCGCCGGCUAUGCGGCCAACGAUCACGUCUACGAAGAGCCGCAGUCUCUGAGUCGCGGGUCUCUCAGAGUGUCUCUAAACCCACGAACUGAACGCCGAAGAGUGGGAAUCGAUGUCUUGGGACGACGUCUGAGACACGCGUCCAAAGCCUAUCGCAAUCUCGUGGGCGCCGGAAGUGGUGGUGCCGUUCGGGCACAGGAGCUGAUGGGAGACAACGGAAUGCCUGCUAUGGAACUGAUCGACAAACACGUGUCGAAUGUAAUCAAUAUUCACGACAUGAGUGACGCCGGCAGUGACGGCGAGGCCUCAAAACUCACUCAAUUGCCGCCCACGAGACUCAACCUCACGAGUCGUAUCAUUCAAAUCGCUUGUGGUCUCCACCACUCAGUCCUAUUGACCUCUUGUGGUGAUGUCUACACAUUCGGAAGCAACCAAUUCGGACAACUCGGACACAACGACUUUGCCAUCCGAGAAGUGCCCACAAAAGUACUGCUCAAAGCGAAUAUCAUUCAAAUCGCUGCCGGAAGUAAUCAUACGGUGCUCUUGAGCUCCACGGGACAGGUGUACACGUUUGGCAACAACCAAAAGGGACAGUUGGGUCGCAAUCCCUCGACUAUUGACUUUGCGUGGAAUGCCAUUCCGGGCACUAUUGCCAGUAUAGGGCAACAGUUGGGCCGAAAGGCUACAUACAUAUCGGCUUCCGGUGACCACACGUUCAUUAAGUUCGACGAAUCGCUGGUAAACCCGAUGUCUCUGUCGUCGGCCCGAGUGAUAGCCAAUCGCCGCUGUAUUGCAAUCAUUCCGUCAAACCCUGAGGUCUCGUCGGCUAAGGAUAACCGAUACGAGUCUAAUGACCGACAGUUUCACUCUCUAGUCAUCAGCAGAUCCGACGGCAACUGCAAGAGCUUUAACUCUUCAGAUCAGUUGGAAUUAUCAAACUUUUCUGCCGUUUGUUUAGACAAUUACUAUGACGUCCUCUGGACCUAUGACUCCAGAAGCCAUUCAUUCAAUCGCUAUAAUCUAAUACACGCCGAGACAAAGAUCCCGAACCAAUCACUUUCGAUGACAUCGAUUCUGUUGCCAGAGUUAGCGCUUCCACAGAAGCCGUCCUCUCGAGUCAACCGAACCACAGCUGCGCUCAACCUUUUGUGCACUUUAGACACUCUGACGGCCGCACAUCAGAUGGGCUGGACUAUCGAAGAGGUCGACCAAAACAAGAGUAAAGUCACCAAAACUCUGAGCAAAGAUGACUUCUCCUCAGUCUGUCGUUUCGAGAGUCACGGCGGAGGCUGGGGUUUCUCGAGUCACUCCAUAGAAGCCAUACGUUUUAUGGCCGACGCGGACGUCCUGUUGGGCGGCUUUGGUCUGUUCGGAGGGCGCGGCGAAUACACGGCUAAACUGAAGCUCUUCGACAUCGGACCGGACGGUGGGGAACAGGAGGGCGACGGAGAGAUCCUCGCGGAGACGGACGAGAUAUCCUUCGAAUGCGCCGCCCGUCAGAAGUACCCGAUUCUGUUCGAAGAGGCCGUUCCCCUGCAGGCCAACCGGUGGUACGUCUCGUGGGCUCGCAUUUCCGGCCCCAGCAGUGACUGCGGAUCCAGCGGUCAGUCUGUGGUCAACACUGAGGAUCAGAUCAUCUUCUACUUCAAGAGCUCCAAGAAGUCCAACAACGGGACGGAUGUAAACGCCGGACAAAUCCCGCAAAUCCUCUAUAAAGUGAUGUCUUCUGGAAGUGAGUCUUCGAGUCAUUCGGCGAAUCGCAACGAAUCUAACGGUGUAUACGAAGAGUCGGUUUGUAUUGUCGGCAAAGAGUUCUCAUUAACCGUUAAAACGGAUUGUUUUCACUCUUUGCUGAAACUCUUGCGCUGGAGUUGGAAGUCAUUCAAAGCCAUUGUGUGUGAUAUGAACAGCACCGGUAGCAUAGAGUCUAAUAGUCGUGUUUUGGGUACAAAUCUCAUUGAAUUAAGACAUUUAACGUACAUUUGUUGCGCUUCUCUUCACUUACUCAACGUUUAUGUCAACGAAAUCUAUCCGAACCGACAUAACGACCACAAGUCUGUCUCACAAACCAAUGACUCCUUAAGACUCGCGGAGUGUAUAUACGAAGUGAGGACUCUCUUGAAGCACAUCCUGUCGGCACCGCCCGAUCCCCCGCCCCGUAACCACUCGUUCACCGGCGAAGUGAACGCUUUUAUCUCACAAAUUAUGGACGAAAGUCACGAAACCUUUCUCUCGUGUUAUCACUCCUUCUAUCCGAGCGCUUCUCUCCGAUGGCGCGCUUUAUGUGAUCUUUUGCUCGGAGAUAACCGAUCGCCACAACAGCCAUCCGUCCAUCUCUUGUCCGCAAUGUUGGCCGCACUCUGCAGACCAUCCGUUCGGUUGACCCAAACCUUCCCCAUAAUGAAUGGUUUGGAUGUCUAUAACCUUCAGAGCCCUUCCGAACUCCAGAGUCCCACUUCUGACUUAGGGAUCAGUUAUGAGAACUCAAUCCUUAACGACAAACUGCUGGAGAAGACGGACGAAGAGGGCUGUCAUUCGGGAACUGACUGUUCGUUUAGAGACAUAUUCAACAAAUUACUCGAAAUCAUUGGACAACCGAUAAGACAUUGUCUGCAACAGGAGAACAACACAAACAAUGUCUCGGAGUUGGAGAUGGAGUCGGAGUUGGAGUCAGAGAGCAGUCAUUGCAUGCAAUUAGUGGAGAACUCGUGUAAUCUGAUCACAACAAUAGUGGCCGAACUCGUGGCUCAGGUGACGGGCAUUGGAUACGACUCUCACGUGAUGUCUGGCCAACAGCUGCACAGCACUCCCUCCAGGUUUUCACGCAUUUCGCAGAACCGGACGUGGAAUACAGGAAAUGGAUCGCCGGAUGCCAUCUGUUUCUCAGUGGACAGACCGGGCAUAUCGAUAGCCGGGGUCACUGUUUACGGGGGUAUUGGCAACGAAUGGCACUAUGAGUUGGAAUUACUUGAUUACGGCGGCGGCUCUCAGGCCCAGGAGGACCGGGCGGUGCCCCGCGACGGACAGUCACAUCCCUGGCGUACAGUCGAGUUGGCGAAGGGUUCGUAUAGUUUUGAGGACAAGUCGACUGAUGUCUGCGAAAUCAAGUUUGAGAGACCAGUCCUCAUAGCACCCAAUGUUAAGUACGCCUUACGUCUCAAAAAUCACGGCCAGAGGACCAACAACGGAGACGCCGGACUCACUCACAUCAGAGGCCCCGACAACACGACAUUCACUUUCAGCGACUGUUCCCUCAGUUUCAACGGAACUAAUCACACGAGAGGACAGAUCCCACAACUCCUGUACUACAGCGCUCCCCAAUCAGUCAAUUCGGACUCCAAUUACUAUUUGAUGAACGAAGAGAUCCCCCGAAAGAAUGCGAUCGCAAUCACUGAGAGUGUCAUCGGUUUGGCUAUAGAUCUGUUACUUCAGGCCCAGGAAUGUCCGACAUUUGACUUGAUUUGGAAGAUCUCGUCGUCUCUGCUCAUCAAGAAGUUGUUGCCUUCAGUUUUGGCGUAUUUGUCGCCAAUCGUGUCGACGGAUCCCAAGAACGCCACACAAAUGCUGUCAAUAAUGAGACAAUUGUUGCCAUUAAUCGUAUUCCUCAACAAAUCCAACGAAUACUGUGUUCCCAACCGAUCCUUAUCUCCAUUACCGCCGACGAGUCCAACGGUGACGACAUCCAGACAUUACGCGACGGUAGAGAGCGAUCACCCCUACAGGUCGGCCACAGUCAGCAACUAUUCGGUGAAAUUCGCGCCGACAGUCAAGUGGAUGUGCGUUGACUUCGACAUCCGGUGCGCCACCGCUCAGCCCGAAGACACGCUUCAGAUAUAUAUUCCUGAAUAUCGAGUCACGAAGUGUUGGGAGUCAUCGAAAGUGACACAAUUCCACGACAACAACAAGACUUUAUGGCCGGUCCUCAAGAAGUUCACCGGAAAACCCAACUCUUGGCCCAACACUUGGGUUGUCAUCCCUGGCAAUGAAGUGGUCUUCAGUUUAGAGACGGCUUCCGAUUACGUGAAAGAAGACAAAAGCCUUUACUAUGGCUUUAGAGCACAAGUGAUCGGAUAUGAGAACCCCAUCACUGAAGGCCUAUAUCUGGGGCUCCAGUACUUGGAACAGGAGUUGACGUAUUUGUCGGGCGUUUGCAUCAAAGCGCUGCUGAAGAAGAAUCUCGUUUUGCCUCAAAUUGUCAGCGAAAGUGAUGUCAGCGUCGAGUCUGCGGUCCAGACAUUCGACACCCACUCGAGUCUAUUGAGUAGAGGUCUGGCGCUCUCGAGACCCAUGACUGCCACCGAAGCCAUCGAAGGGGUGGUCCCUCUCGCCAACGAACACCCGUUCCUCAAAGACUUCUGUGCCUUAACUCCGGGCACAUCCGGCGCACGACUCGCCAAAUGGUUUCAAAGCGAGUCUUUUGUGGACCCAAAUCAGUGUGAAGUGCACUGCAGUUGCGGAUCAGACCAGGAGUUGCAGUGCGGAUGGCCUACAGUCAUAACAGUCAUCACUCGCGACCAGUACUCAAACGUCGUGAAUGUGCCGAACCUGAAGGUCGAGGUCAGCGCUCAGCCCUUCAAAAACAACUCAAACACCGAUUCCAACGCCGAGAACGGGACGGGAAGUGCGUACUCAAACGUCGUGAAUGUGCCGAACCUGAAGGUCGAGGUGAGCGCUCAGCCCUUCAAAAACAACUCAAACACCGAUUCCAACGCCGAGAACGGGACGGGAAGUGCGGUGAGUGCGGGACCGCCCGUCCAGUCCCACAACUACAGCAUUACAGCCAAAGACAAGGUCUUCUAUCACGCGAUAACAAUGAUGAGAGCCUUCGAGAACUACUCGUUCGAAGAGCUCCGGUAUGUGACUCCAGUCAAGAGGCCAUCCAUUGAGGCAAUGCUCGUGAGGAGCAAUAAUGACGGCACUUAUACCGCCAAUUGGACGCCGGGGUCCACGGGUUGGUAUCAGUUGAAGAUAACGGUGGACGGCGUGGCGGUCAACACAACCCAAUCAGUCCGCGUCGGGAAACCUCCGAAAGGCGUGUCUUUGCCUCAGAUCCAGAACCUGUCGAACAAAUCAAGCAAAAAGUCGGCGCCUUCGAGGACCCGGAAGUUUGUGGUGCGAAACAGCGCCGGACUACGGGUGCGGUCUCUGCCUUCCCUACAGUCGCAACAGUUGGGAGUGAUUGAAGUGAAUGGCGUCCUAACCAUCAGUGAGGAGACACACAAUGACGACGGCGUAUGGGUGCGACUCAGCCCUCAGAGUAUCGACAAGUAUUGCAACACAUCUACAGUCGAGCACAACAUCGAGGGCUGGGCUCUGCAAUACAACCAGCAUUUGGCCAAAACUUUGUUGGUUCCCAUCGGAGAACCCAAACCCAUAGUCCUGAACAACGGGCCGACAAUAGACACACAAAACACCCGAAAACUGUCGAUUGAUUUGAAGUCCAAUAAGAAGAAGAAAGUGAAAGAAGUGCUCAAAAGGACGGAAUACCCGGCGCUCUAUCACGUCGUGAAGUGCGGCGUUUCCGGGCAUAACAUCCGCAGUAAAGCGCACCUGAGGGCCCCUCCCGUAGGAAUGGUUGUGUUGGGGAACGUCAUCGGAGUGACGGCCGACACCACCAACUCUUCGGGCACUUGGCUUCGACUCGACAGCGAAAGUAUGCGACGAUUCUGUUUCAACACUGACGGCGAGGGUUGGACUCUCUCGCGGACUGUCAACGAUGUCGUGUACUUACAGCACGAGUCGGAAGUGAUGCACAUCACCGACGAAGAGGACAAUGAGAACAAAGUAUCGCAACACUCGGGCCCUAAGUCUGUGUCCAAACACAACGGUUUGCCAUUCGGUGGCCAAUCACUGGAAGACGGGUCCUCUGCGUCCAACAGCAACGCCUGUGCGCUCUCGCAGUCUCUAUAUGUCGACAAAUCCAUGUCUUCACUGAGAGAUCACACGUCUAUCAGUCAGUCGUUCGCCACGGAGUCGGAAGUGGAGUCCAUUUGCGCCGACUCUGCGAUAGUCUCGCCCUCAGUAUUGGCCAACACUUUGUCGACAAAUCCAUAUCACACGUCUAUCAGUCAGUCGUUCGCCACGGAGUCGGAAGUGGAGUCCAUUUGCGCCGACUCUGCGAUAGUCUCGCCGUCAGUAUUGGCCAACACUUUGACUGAAAUGGAUUCGUGUUGUGAUUCGCUGACGAACUCCACCUCAAGUCUCACCACAACUGGCAGUCGAGUGGCAGCCCUUCAGAAGAGAUUCCUCACAGACUCUGAACCCAAGUCUCCAGCGAUGAGUACAUCGAAGAGGAGUGCGUCUGAGAGUCCGCGCGAAACGCCUCCAGAAUUGCAGGGAAUUUGUGUCAAAGAGUUGGUUCGCGCCAUAAGUUGCGACCGAAGCCCUACCCCUCCCUCGUCGCCAUCGAUGUCCAGACGAACGCCUGUCCAGAGAUCCAGGAGUUCGUCGCCUAAUGUGUCGAUGAGAAGUACUCGACGCCACACAACGACAGCCAUUCCCAGCCGACCAUCACUUGUGACCAACGACUCGAUGAAUACGGAAAUGAUUAGUAGUUAUGAAUCGGAAAAGACUUUUCCAAUCGAUAUUCAACACAAGUCUUGCGCACAAAAAGCCACUCAAACGAGUCCUCCAGACGAAGGACUCCUCAUUCCUCAGCACUUCCUUCAGUUCACAAUCAAUGAUGAGUUGCAGUCAACGCACAGCCGAAGCCCUGUUCCCCAACCGCCGCAAACACUGAACACUUCGUCGAAAGCAAUGCGUGACAGCAAAGAGUCACGAAAUUCACGGCAAACACGACUGAAAAACAAAGACAAACCGCAAACUCCAGCGCAGACUAACUCGUCAUCCAGUGGUGACCAACAGGUGCCGAACGGGCGCUACUCGACGGCAAAGGAGGCCAUCUCUAACAGCGUCGCCGAAUGCAUACGAGCCGUAUUCGCGGCCUUCAUAUGGCACGAGGGGGUACUUCACGACACUUUGGCCGCCGCCUCGUAUCUCAAGUUCAACCCCGAAGUGACCAAAGAGACCGUCAAAAGACUCGAAAGUGAUUAUUAUAGUGACAGCAAUGCUGUGAGAAUGCGGGCCAACCAUCAAAUGAGGGACAGUAGGGGCGGUCCCAGUAGAGAGCAAAAGGCGAAGUUCAGGCAUUCGGUGGAAGUCUCUCAGUUGAGUGCUUUGCAACAACAGGACUGUUACCUCAACGCAAACAUCGAUUUAACCAAAAUUAUAUCGGAAACAGAUUUAUCGCAACAGGAGGUCAACACAAACCAGACUUACGACCAGAACUGCGAACAACUGAUGAGUCAAUCGGAAGAGUCGGCUAAUGAUAGGCUUAUGAUUCCCGAGACGUUAGUUAAUUUGCUGAAGUUGUGGGAAGUGGUGUCCAAAUGCUGUCUGAACGCCAUAUUAGAGCCGCCAUCAGCCCUGACGCCGCCCAAUAUGACGGCCCCCUCAACACCCGUCCAAAUGUUUAAUAGAAUUCAAAACAAUCAAAGAGUGGUUCAAAUGGUCAGCGAAGAGAUGAAUAGAUCGCGAAAUAAAUGCAAACAACAGUACAACGAACUGAUCGCCAAAUUUGCGCCCAAAGGCUACCCACCCGUCCAUCGGUUCUUCAAUUCAGUCCAACAACACGGAAACCUCUUCGGAGAGGCGGCUGCGGUGGCCAACGGAGGGCCCCUUCACUACGAGGCCCGGGAGGCGUCCCACUCGUCGUUAUGCGAGUUGUGUGGAAACAGUUACUCAUAUCCAGUGACACAUCAUAUGAAGAAAUCUCAUCCGGGAUGCGGUGAACACGCGGGCGGAAAGGGUUACAACAGUUCGGGUUCGUUCUGCGGCGGGUGGGCCGGACAUUGUGGCGAUGGGGGCAUCGGUAGCUCCAACUGGUACCUCAUUUGCGACAAAUGUCGCGAUAAAUACAUGUCUCAAAAGCGUCACAACAGUAGGGACCAGAACUCAGCGAAAGGCGGCAAACAUUCAGCGCCUGAACUCAAACCACUGCCUCUGAGUUCGCCCAUCAAGACCAACGCCUCGUCGCCCACCUCUCAGCAGGAAAGCCAUCAAAUCAUGAAAGAAAACGCUAUGUUUUUGUUGCGAAUGGCGCCGACCAAUGAUGUCAGUCCUCUCACCAAUCAAUUCAAUCCCAAUCGCAUCCGACAGUCGAUGGAGUUUUCGGUCGAGAGUUCGGUCUUUCAGUGUUUGGAGAACUUAGGGAUUCAUCACUCGAUUUACGACCAAAGACUGGCCGAAGAGCACCUCUCGGAGGACGACAUCAUUGCUAUCCAAACGGGACGUCCGUCUGCUUUGCCUCUCAAUAGCGAUCACAUGACGACUGGAAGCGAGGCCUCGGAAGACGCGACGAAAGCCGAACACAAGACAAUCAGUUCCCGACAUAACUUCAUUCGUUCGGUUUCUGUGGGAAUCCAUGACUGGCAGCAGGAAAGGGGUGUCUCGUCGUCAUCGGCGGCGCUCUUAUCUCAACGCAAACGCGCCAUAAGUAACGACACUUCGAGCACAACAUUCCUCUGCCAGCCGUCCGCUAAUCUCCUAAAUCUGGUCCAGUCUUGCGUUGUGGCCGACAAUCACGACAAUGACGACAAUCAGGGCUGUAGUUCCCAACCGACCACUUCUCACAACGCGGACAACAACUCACAGCAAAUGGUGUCAAAUGUGUUGCGCCGACCGAUAAUGGCUUUCGUAUUACAUCCGCACGACUUGUGCGCACUGAUGGUCGCCAUGAAGACUGCGCUCCGGAAGGCCUCGUGUCGGACACUGGCUCUCCAGGCGCUCAAUUGGCUGCUGAGGAAUGUCUCGCAACCGGUGUCUCUGCACGACUUGAUGUGGUUUUUCGUCGACUCUUUGACACCAAAUGAGUCGAAACCGAAGGAGACUAAGGAGGAGAUGGAGGAGAAUGUGGCGAACGGUGUGGUCAGCGCUCAGGCCAUCAAUGCGGCCAAUAAUGCCCGGAGUCCUGUCGAGCGCCGCAAUGAGACGGAAGUCCUCUAUCAGAGUCAGAUCGAUGUCUGCGAACACCCGUUGGCCGACCUGUCCAUCGCUGGAGAGGCCGCCCAACCCCUCAGCGAAGCCUUUCACACAUUCCUCACCACUGUCUCCGAUCUGAUGCCUCUGUUGCCGAUGGGAUCGCCUCUCCAACAGAUAGCCGUCCGAUGUUUUUGCAUAGAAUUCAGUGGAGACGACCACUCCUUCCUCCACGAGUGCCACGUCUUCUCAAACAUCAGUAAAAUCUUCGGCAGAACUGAAGAGGAAUCAAAUGCCGCGCUUCUGGACGACAGUCAACAGCAUCUUGUGAUCCAUCCGGCGAUCGAAGCCUUUCAAGACUUGACGACACAAAUGGAGAUAAAGGCGUCUUCACGACAGGCAAUGAUCGCGAGUCUGACCGACAACUCGACCGAAACCUUCUGGGAGUCCGGAGACGAAGACCGGAACAAAACGAAAAUGAUUUCAAUUAAUAGUAAUAAUAAUGACGUAAAGGAUGUGAUAAUGAAAUCAAUUUAUAUACACAUCGAUAACGUGCGGGACUUGGGGUCCAAGAUAUCUCACGUGACCUUC